AUGGACAUCCUACUUCGCGAAAGCUCAUUCGGACGGUUACUGAAUUUUGUAACAAAUGGCCGGACAUUCCCACAUCGUGAUCUUGAUAUUCCAAAGGAGGAAGAAACCACGAGUUCAAGCUCUUCUACUUGCCAUGGGGCCACUCGCUACAAAUUGGUCGAUUUCAACGGACCCGAGGAUCCAGAUAUGCCCAGAAAUUGGCCCACGUUAGCCAAGACGAUCGUAAUGGUGGAUGUUAUGCUCCUGAACUUCAGCUUUUAUGCGGCGUCGGCAAUCUUCACACCAAGCAUUCCGGGGAUCGAAGAGGCCUUUGGCGCUACCACUGCAGAGGGUACCCUGGGACUCUCUCUUUUCGUUAUUGCAUAUGGCAUUGGGCCACUCAUUCUUUCACCGGUAUCGAACUUGCCAUCUAUUGGACGUACACCAGUUUAUGUUCUCGGCUCUCUUGCUUUUUGUUUAUUUAAUAUAGGUACUGCGGUAGCAAAGAACCUGCAUACUAUUCUCAUAUUGAGAUUUUUCGGCGGCUUCAUUGGGAGUGCACCAAUUAGUGUAGGUGGUGCUACGCUGAUGGAGGUAUAUGGACCCACCGAAAUCCCGUAUGCCAUUGCAUUGUACGCAGUCAGCGGAGUGUGUGGGCCUAUUUUAGGACCGAUUCUUGGUACACUGGUAAUCGAGCGUUGGGAGACAUGGACUGCAACUCUAUGGCUUCUUUCCGGUGUCACAGCUUUCACCACCGUGUUUAUUUUCUUCCUGCUGCCUGAGACCUUGUAUUCGAAUAUCCUUCUUCGUCGAGCCCAGCGACUCCGUGACCAGACAGGCAAUCCUAUUUACCAAAGUCAAGCGGACAUUGACACGCCAGAGUCUAACCUUGUCAUACGCAUAGUAAAGCAGACAAUGGACGAUUUCAAACUUGCUUGCAUGGACCCGGUCAUUCUCUUUGUCAAUAUGCACACUAUGUUGAUAUACGGGAUACUAUAUUUAUGGUUUGAAUUUUUCCCAUUUGUUUUUGACGGAAUCUACCACUUCACCGCAUUACAACAAGGCCUUGCAUUCUUUGGUAUUCUUGCGGGCGCAGUCGUGUCCGUCAUUGUAUACCUGCUGUGGUUAUAUUUCUCGUAUCAGCCACGAGUUGCGAGACCGGAAGCCAUUGUUGAGCCCGAAGCCCGCCUUGUCCCUGGACAGGUCGGAGCCAUCUGUAUCCCGGUUUGCCUCUUCAUUUUUGCAUGGACCUCUCGUGAAAGCGUGCACUGGAUUGUCCCUAUCAUCGGUACAGCCUUCUUCGCACCGGGAUUCUACCUCACCUUUCAGUCUGUCCUUAACUACCUGGGAGAGUCUUAUCCAAGAUAUGUGGCAAGCGUAUUCGCCGGCAACACAUUCUUCCGAAGUUCAUUCGGCGGAGCGUUGCCUUUAGCCGCUCCGAGGAUGUUACAGUCACUGGGCAUUGGAUGGGCAUCGAGCACGCUAGGAUUCAUAUCCAUUGCUAUGGUUCCUCUACCCUUCAUUCUGGAACGCUACGGUAAAAGACUCCGCUCUUGGAGCAAGUACGCCAAUUAG